AUGACCAACCCACAAACAGUCCAACACACCCUUCCCAAACUCAGCCCCCAAACCAAAGACGCGAUUAUCGACCCUAUAUACCGCGUCCUCCUAGCUGUCGACACCGCCAACCCCUCGCUCUUCGCCUCCGCCAUCCACGAAACCGGCCGCCUCAUCCUGAACGGCCGCAUCAUCGAGGGCGCCGCUGCCGUCACCGCGUACGUGUACGAGCCCGUCUCGAAAAUGGAGACCACGCACCACAUCUCCAAUGUCCGGGUCACGCGGGUCGAUGAGGAGCUCGGCACCGCGAGUCUGACUGCCACUGUGCUGGCGCAGCAUUACCGCGCCGGGGAGGGGGCGGAUGCGUCGGUGAGGGGGUUGUUGGCUGGGGGGCUUUAUUUUGUGGAUGUGGUGCGGGAUGAGGAGGACAAAGAUCUGUGGAGGUUAAAGGAGUGGGAUUUGAGGGUUGUUUGGAGGGAGGGCGAUGAAGGGGUUAUGCAUGGCUUGAAUGGGGAUGGGGACCAGAAGCAGGAGUGA